AUGAAUAUUAUUUUUCUAUUCCUUUCUAUUCUUCAACUAUCGACAGCCUUUUUCAAUGAGCAAUGUCCUCUAGGUUGGAUAUCGUCGGGAGAAUGGUGCGUGAAGAUGUCCAUUCAACCAGAAACUUAUCAUAAGGCUCAGAAAUUUUGUGAAUCAGAAGGUGGACAGUUAUUCCAUUCAGAAAUUCAAACAGAAGUUGAUGACGUCAUAGAUAUCCUUGAUGAUUUAUAUAAACGAGGAGUUCAUGAAAGUACUUGGAUUAUUUCCCUCAUAUAUCAUACCCCUCGGGCUAUAAGCCGUCAUUCUGAUGGAAAUUAUUCAAUUAUAACAACUUCCACGUCGGCCACGUAUCCAUUCAUUUGCUCAUUAACACAAUCUGGACGACGGAUGCUUAACUUCCAGCAAAUGCUAUUGCCUAAAGGAGCUCCAAAGAUUGUUUCUUCGAGUCUUUCUGAAAUAUACUUUCACCCAAGGAAUGGAGCAGACUUCGUUCCUAUUCCAUGCUCAGUAGAAGCACAACCACCUACAACGAUCACUUGGUACAAGAAUGAUAUUCAAAUUAUUCAUUCGUCAAGUUCGUCACGAUCAUCAAACGAAUCUUACUUGUUAUCUGGAGGCACUUUGCUCGUGCCCGCUCUUUCAUCACUAGCCUAUUCGUCUUUUCAUUGUGUCGCUUCUAAUGAAUUUGGAAAGAUAAGAAGCGCUUCUGUUCUUCUGAAGCCUGCCUUUUUGGAUUCUUUUGCUGAAAGACGCCAUGAUGUUCUACCAUUAGUUGGAGGAGGUGCCCGUCUUGAGUGUGAUGCUCCUGCUCAUCAACCAAAAUCUUUCUCAUUCACUUGGCUAAUUGGAACAACAAAUCGUGUCUUGCAUCAGUCACCUCGAGUUUUCAUCUCAUCUGAUGGAUCUCUUUAUUUCUCCUCCGUAACUCCAGAUGACGAUGAGAAAUAUGCGUGUGCUUUAUCAUUGUCUUCCACUCAAUCUGGACACUAUGGACCAUUCUUCCGUCUCAGGGUUGGAGGAGCUCAACCUCAGAGCCCUCCUAGGAUACCUAGUCAUCUACCCCAAGUAUUCCCAGAAACUCCAACAGUAGAAGAUACAGUUUACAUCGAAUGUUUUGCGUACGGAAACCCAGUACCAACAUAUAAAUGGACUCGAGUUGAUGGACAUUCCCUCGGUCCCAGGGCAACCAUUACAAAUUUUGGAAGAAUUUUAAGAAUUGACAAUGUUCAAAUGGCGGAUUCAGGAAGAUAUCGUUGUACAGCCGGAAAUUCAUUGAACGCUGCUCAUUCGGAUGUUGUUUUAACACUCAAAUCGCGUCCAACAGUUGUUUUGCCAUUGUACGAUCGUUUGGUUUCCACGGAAUCUACUUUCCAUAUGGAUUGUCCACUAUCGAAUGCAGAUCGUCAUUCAACAAUUGAAUGGUUUAAAGAUGCUAAUCCAAUUGUUCCAUUGUUGAUGAAACCUGACGAGAGGAGUCGUUAUAAGGUUGAUGACAGUCGUUUGACGGUCAGUGAUACUCGUUUAUCCGAUUCGGGAAUAUAUGAAUGUAUAAUAAGCAAUGAAAUUGGAGUAUCAAUAAGCUCUGCUCAUGUAUUCGUCAAGGACGCCGCUCCAGCUUUCCCAUUGCAGGCCAUGCCAUUGAAAGUCUAUGCAAUCAAAGGAUCAACAUUGAAUAUGCCUUGUAUAUAUCAAGCUUCGCCUCAUGGACAUAGCAAAUGGACUGACGCAGGUGGCAACAAAUUACCCCACAAGGGCAGAGUCCGGGAGGAAAAAGGAAUUCUAAUUAUACAAGACAUCUUGCCUGAUGAUGAAGGAUUAUUCUUCUGUUCUGCUCAUAAUCGUCUUGGAAGAGCUCAUUCACAAGUUCAUCUUAUUGUCGUUGAUAAGCCGCGAAUUCGAGUUAAAACAAAUAAGGGAAGCACAUCUGAGUUUUCCAACUUGACUUGUGAAGUUGAAUUGGAAUGUCAACAUGAAUGUCCAGAAACAUUAAUUAGCUGGUCGCUGAAUGAUAAGCCUAUAGGGCAUAAAAACAAAAAGCACAUGAAGACUAAGAUUCAUGAACACAGAAAACAUUCAGGAUAUACUGGUUACACUCUCAACCAAAAAAUGGAUCUGGAGAUUCCACACUCGGAGAAACAUUUGGGUCGAUAUGCUUGCUCUUCUGUUAUUGGAGGAGCAUCAAUUGAGUUCCCUAGUAAACUUUCUCCUCCUCCACCUGUUUCUGUAACCGUUUCUACAAAAAAUAAUUCUAUUCAUCUAUCAUGGAAAAAACCGCCGUCUCAUCGUGAACCAAGAGAUUACCAGGAUGAUGGUGUCAAAGGUUAUUUGGUAGAAAUCCGAACUCGCUCUGAUAGGCAAUGGAGAAGCAUUCCAAGAGACCUCAUAACUAAAUCUGAAGCUGAAGGAUUUUUCUUAGAAUCUUUAACACCUAACAAUGAUUACCAGUUCCGCGUUCGAUCGCUUGAUGCGAGUUCGCUCGGAGAGCCUUCAACUCCAACUGAAUGGAUUCAUACACCAUCAGCUGCACCACAAGAUCCAAUAGAAGAUCUGAACUGGAAGAUUAUUGAUCCAGGAACAAUAUUAGUGGAAUGGAAACCAAUUGAACAAGACCAUAAAUCAGGGGAAAAUUUGAGAUAUCGUGUAACUUGGAGUGAAUCUUCGAUUGAUGACCAAUCGUCAGAAAAACCUCAUGUAUUGACCCAUCACUUAGAAUCGAAACAACCGCAAGCGAUUGUCCGAUUGAACUCAACUGAAGGAUGUAGAGCAGUUGCUCUAGCUAUACGUCCUUUCAACGACGAAGGCCCGUCUCCUGUUAGUACCGACACUGUGGCUCUGAUCAGUAGCACUGGAAAACUUCGAGCUGCUGAUAUCACCUCAGCUGUACCCUUGAAUGGAACUCAUAUUCAUCUUAAAUGGGAGUGGGUAGGAGAGAAUGAAUGCCAAGUGGCGCAUGCUAUCAAGAUAUCAUGUAAAGCCGAAAAACGUGAAACGGUAACAGCUAUGGUAUCAUCUCAGCUUUACGAAUGGACAUUAGCUGCGCUGGAACCAGAAACACUGUAUUCUUGUUCAGUUAUGCCCUAUAAUAACAAGGGGAGCCAUGGCGAACCGAGCCAUCCACAUAAGAUAUGGACAAAACAAUAUCCUCCACAGGAAGCUCCCUCAAUAACGAAACUUUCACUGAAGCCAUUAAGUGAUGACAGUGGUUACACGACAAUUCUUGAAUGGUCGGCUGUCGAUUUGCGCAAUGAUAACAGCAGUGAUGUUUCUGCUGGGUACAAGAUAUACAUUUAUAUUUCGGAAACAGCUUCCGAGGCUGUUGUUCUCUCAAUGCCUAACUCUCGCCUCACAAGCUCUGAAAAACCAUCUGCUCGUUUAGAUGGCUUGAGGCUUAUGUACAUGUAUACUAUACAAGUAGCAGCUUAUAAUGAUGGUGGCAUAGGACCAUUAAGUCCUCCUAAAACGAUUCGAUUAGGAACAGCUUCAACAAUCGAUUCGAGCUCAUCCCCAUCUGUAUUCCUGUCUGUUUUAUUAGUUAGUCUAUAUGUUCUCCUUUUUUGA